AUGGCUCCAACUCGCUCUAAAGAAAAUCGGAAAAAAUCAAUUGAGCAAGAAGGACUAAAGGAGAAUGCAAUCCGCGAUUUAAAAUCUUCAAAAAUUCAAAGUGGUCGCGAAGCUGCACGCGUUUACGGCCUGCCGCCAUCAAGUCUCCAGGAGAGGCUCAAUGGGAGGCGGCCAUUGGCAGAAUCAAAUGCUACAAAGAGGAAAUUGACUCCUACUGAAGAGGAAACACUUAUUAAGAGGGUCCUUUCUCUAACAAAGCGAGGAUAUCCUCCCCGGCCUAUAUUUAUUGAGAACUGGGCCAAUCUUCUACUUGCAAAUCGAGGAUCGAACGGGCCAAUUGAACCCGUCGGUAUAAAUUGGAAAUUAACCUUUAUUAAUCGCCAUCCUGAAGUCAAAAGUGUCUAUUCUCGAGGCUUCCAUUACCAGCGAGCUAAAUGCGAAGAUCCAAAGGUUAUCCGGCCCUGGUUUGAACUUGUACGCAGCACUAUUGCUGAGUAUGGUAUUGAUUCAAGUGAUAUCUACAAUUUCGAUGAAACAGGCUUUGCAAUGGGCCUUAUCAAAAGCGCAAAGGUUAUAAUAGGCGCAGAGACAACUAAUAAGGAAGCUUUCGUACUACAACCUGGAAAGCGCGAAUGGGUAACUGCCAUUGAAGCAGUCAAUUCAACUGGGUGGCAUCUACCUCCUUAUAUCAUCUUCAAAGGCAAACAUAAGCGCAUGGCAUGGUUUGAAGAUGAUCCAACUGUCCGCUUCCAAUGCAGCGAUAAUGGGUGGACAACUGAUAAAAUCACAUUGGAUUGGCUUCAAAAGCACUUUAUUCCACUUACAAGGACGCGUACCGUGGGAAGAUAUCGGCUUCUUAUAUUAGAUGGACAUGGCAGUCAUUCUACACCUGAAUUCGAUGCCACCUGCAUUGAGAAUGAUAUUAUAAGCCUCUGCAUGCCUGCCCAUACGUCACAUCUAUGCCAGCCACUUGAUGUUUCAAUAUUUUCACCAUUAAAGAAGUCAUACUACAAGCAUGUCGAAUACCGCACUCGAUUGGGAUUCUCACAUAUCGAUAAACUUGACUUUCUAGAGGCAUUCCUGCGCGCGCGGACAGAGGCAUAUAAAAUAACGUCAAUUCAGAAUGGAUUCGCAGCUACAGGACUCAUCCCAUUAAAUCCCGAGCGAGUACUGGAAAAGCUGAAUGUCCAAUUGAAGACUCCAACGCCACCUGGCAGUAGUCAUGGUACUUCGCAGUCGCAGUCCUCCUGCUUCCAAGCACCUUCUAAUCCGCAUGAAUUGAAACAGCAUUCAAUAACGGUAAAGAAAAGACUUGAUCCAGUAUUCUCCAGUCCUUCAAAUCUGACUCUUGUCAAACUGAAUCAAGUGUAUAAAAGUUGCGAGAUAGCAUGGCACAAUGCUACUCUUUUGGCACAGGAAAAUAUGGAAUUACGCACUGCAAUUCAGAAGGAGGACCAAAAGCACAAGCGGACGAAGAAAGUGAUUAGAGAAGAAGCUAGUCUUAUCAGAGGAGAGGCCCAAAGCCUUAUAGAUGAAUCUAAUGCUGCAAAUCAAUUGGCAGCAGGCCUUGCCGGUGUGGAGGAUGGAUUACCACGCAGGCGCGCACCGCCCACAUGCAUUCGGGGAUGUGUUGGUCUGAUACAUCCUCACGUAGGCAUUUGGACACCUGGGUAUACAUCCCUACAAAUAACAGUUCUACUAAAUUGCCUAGUCAACACUCAUCCUUUCAUGGAACAUGAUUGGCAGGAAGUAACUGCGCAGUGCACACUAGACCCAAGGACUCGAGCAGGAUCUGCGAGACUGGCAAUGUCACAACGCCGGUUCAUUGGAUAA